UUCCAAGGCGAUCUCGUUGACAUUGUCAUUAACAAUUACGAAUCAUCUCAUGCAAGGCGAUAUUGGAGAGAGGAACGAGGGAGAGACACUGCCAUUGAAAAGCGGACAUUGGUGAUGCCAGUGGACAAAUUAUUUCUGCGUGGAAGCUCCAGGAAAGAAAUGAUCCAAACUGUUUCGAUUAAUGGAAAAGAAUAUCCAACAAAAUUUUUCAUCGAGCUAUGUCGAGUGACAGAUUUCACGGUUCAUCAUGUAAAUCGUGCAUCUCUCUUU